AUGAACCCUACUUAUCGAUCUCCAAGUUCCCCGGGUCGCUCCCAACGUGGCCCCGCCCCAGUCUAUCGUCAUCAUACCCAACCUCCACUCUCCGAUGAGGACGAUUCAGAUGACGACGAAUUGAAUCGCCCCGGAUCUUCCGGUAGUGAUGCCUCCUCCAAUGUGACCACUGUCUCCGCUGCUCCGAUCACCCCGAUCAACCCUCCUUCCGGGGGUGGUUAUUUCUCUCCACACCGUUCGUCAGCCAACACGUCGCCCCAACACGCAGCUAGAAUGCCACAAGACCGUCGGCCGUCGGGUCGAGGCCCCUCGCUCGAACUGGCACGACACAGGUCUCGACAUCACUCCCAAGGUUUCUUCGAGCCCUCACUACCCACCGCAUCGUCCGAUCAGAUGCCGGUGUCAGCUUCCCGCAUCGCCGCCCAGGCGGCUAUGCAGCAGAUAAAACGUUCAGACGACACAUUACGAAGUGGCAGCUCCUCUCCUCCACCUCUACCCCCAUUGGUACCCGCUCCUCUACGAGUGAACCAGCCGCCUCCGAAUGUCGCAACAACAGCUGCCAACGUGGUGUUUCCGCGAGCCGGCGCAGCAGUCCAGCCGAUGGACCAACCAGAGAACAAGAAGAAGAAAAAGCUAUUCUCAAAACCGAAACACAUCGUGCUCAGUCGAGAGAAGUCGGAUCCUUUCAACCGGGAUCGAGGACUGCCGUCCCCGAGUAAGAUCGGCAAUGGUCUGUCGCGCAUGGUCAGCUCGUCUACGGCUAGUCUGGCCGAUCUGCCCUCUAACAACUCUUCCAUGUAUAACCUGUCCAAUGCCUCUGUCAGUACCGUAGUGCCGGCUGGGGAGAAAUCUACGCCCGCUGCGCCGGAGAAGGACAACAAGGACAAGGAUAAACACAAACACCACUUCUUGUCACGGCAGAAGCUCAAGCUGAAGGACCGUGACGAGCACUUGAAACUGCCUCUUUCCUCGGCGUCGAGCAACUCUCGUCCCGCGGACCCCAACGCACCCCAGUCCCUCUACUCUUUUACAGGACCUUCCUCCCCGGCUCCAGGUGCGACUUUUGGUAAAUCCGUCAGUGGGCUGGAUUUGUUACAUGGCGGACGAGCCCUGCGCGAGAAGAAGAAGGAAGAAAAAGGGAAGGAAAAGGCUCUUGCGGAAUCCGAACAUACUGAAUGGCUAAACAGUGCAGCAGCGGGAAAUGCCGCUACUGCAGUCUUCAAUGGGCCCUCGUCCUUAAACAGCUCGUCCGGUGCGAUGGGAGAAGCGGUCCUACGAGAGACUUUGCAAGGAUUCGGACUAAACAACAUGUCUCCUGAAGAUGCAUGGGAUUUUCUCAAGGCGAAGCUGCUGGUCAUUUUCGAUGGCGAGGAUGUGCGAAUCGCCAUCGAGGACCUUAAUAAGCUCGUUUUGGUACAUCUACAACGCUGUGUACAGAAGCGCACCCCGACAUCGAUUAUUUCGGACCUCCAAGAACUUCUGGAGACUGGCUUUGCGACACUCAACCACAGUUCUUUAGUUGGCAUUCCUGACGAGAAGCUGGUUCCUCAUUUAGUCCAGGUGUGGAUGUUAGUUUUUGGCACAAUCCUCCCCUUCAUCCAGGCUGUGUUCUUGCCUCUGGAUCUCGAGUUCAAAGGAGUUGGGUCCUUAAUGACCUCUCGUGAGUCUCAUGAAUUCUGGGGCUCGCUACCAGCCGGUAGAUCCCUCGACGUGCGCAACUUAGUCUUGAUCGCCUUCCGAGAUCGCAUGAUCCUCAACCGCUACGAAACUCUUAAACAAACUUUCUCCCGCCUCAGUCUCGACAGCAUCAACACCGGCUUCUCAACACUAAGCGUAACCACAAAAAGCACCGCUACCGGCGGUCGACCCGGCACCGCUGCCUCAUUAGACGCAGGUCUCGGCAGCUACAACUCCCAAUCCUCAACUAUGCUCAGCAACGUCGCAGACAGCUACUCCUCCGACUCGAUGAGUGUACUGGCACCCACAAACGCAAACUUUAGACCCGGGAGCAGCGACUCCCGCAGCCGCGCAGCAUCCAACACAUCCUCCAACCCCGAUCCAAUGAUCUUCUCAUCCGUCUCCUCCCCACCAACUUCCAAUCAGCGCCCAACAAUAAAGCACCGCGUCGGCUCCGCAGACUCCUCUCACGUCAUCACCGAGACAGUCGGUCGCAUGCUUCAAUGUGUCAGCGUCAUCGGAAGCGUCCAAACAGACGACGCCUCACAAGAUAGAAUCGAGAUCUUAAGCAAAGCACUGAAGCACAACUGGCUCGGACGUGGCCGCACAGGUCGUGACCGUCGUGGUUUCGUCGGUGCGAAAAUCCGCCCAGUCAUGGUUGGUGGACCUGUACCCACAAUCAUGGAUGACGGAGACUCCCUCACAACGGCGGGAAUUAGUAUCGGUGCUAGUACCAGUACUGGUGGUUCACGUGCUCGAGGAGAUUCCUCGUCUUCGGAAUGGAGUGGGCAGGGCAUGGGUAUGAGUAUGCGAAGCGGAACAAGUGGGAGGCGGGAAUUGAGCGUUCUUUGA